AUGGCUUCGUUUUUUAAAACUCCAGUCGUUAUUUUAGUUUUGUUUUUAUACUUACAUGAAAAGGUACUAUGUUCAAUAAAUGAAAAUGAAAAUGCAAUAGAAAAUAUAAACGAAAAUGUAAACGAAAUUGAAAAUGUCAAUCAAACUAUAAAUGGAUAUGACAAUAUUGAUCAAUUAAAAUCCAUGAUUGGAAAUGAUGAACUACAUAAGAAUUUAACAAUAUUAGAAAAAUUAAUUUUAGAAUCGUUAGAAAAGGAUAAAUUAAAAUAUCCUCUCCUUAAACAAGAAACUGAACAAUUGUUAGAUAUAUCGAAAUUUAAAAAAAAAAAUGUAAAUGAUACGAAUGAUGAAUCUUACAUCGUACCUACGAUACAAUCGACUUUUUAUGAUAUGGUAAAAUAUGAACAUCUUAUGAAAAAACAAUUAAUAGAAAUUUACAAUUCUGAUAUUUCAGAUAUAAUUAAGAAAAAAAUCUUUAUUGUAAGAACAUUGAAAACCAUAAAAUUAAUGCUUAUACCAUUAAAUUCGUACAAACAAAAUAAUGAUUUAAAAACUGCGCUCGAAGAAUUAAAUAAUGUUUUUAUAGCAAAAGAUGUACAAGAGAAAAAAACAAUUAGUCCAAUAGGUGACCACGAAACGUUUUUUAGAAAUAUAUUAUUUCGUGUGUAUGAUAUUCAACAGUCGCACGACAUAGAAAAUAAAUACGAUACAAUUAUACUUGAUGAUACCAAAAUAGAUGUAAUGGAUACAAAUGAUUUUUUUUUUACGACCAACUCCAAUAUAAAUUUCAUGGAAGCAUUAGAUGAUAUAACAGAUCAAUACGGAUUAGGUUUAAUUAACCAUUUGGGUCCUCACUUAAUAGCCCUGGGACAUUUUGUUGUAUUAAAAUUAGCGCUAAAAAAUUAUAAUAGUUAUUUCCAAGCAAAACGUAUAAAAUUUUUUAGUUGGCAAAAAAUAUUAGAGUUCUCCAUGUCUGAUAGAUUUAAAGUUCUUGACAUGAUGUGUGACCAUGAAUCAGUUUACUAUUCCGAAAAAAAGAGAAGAAAAACGUACUUGAAAGUUGAUCGAUCACACACAUCUAUGGAAUGUAAUAUAUUAGAAUACCUAAUACAUUAUUUUAAUAAAUAUCAGUUAGAAAUAAUAAAAACUACUCAAGAUACCGAUUUUGAUUUACAUGGGAUGAUGGAACAUAAAUAUAUAAAAGAUUAUUUCUUUUCAUUUAUGUGUAAUGAUCCUAAAGAAUGUAUUAUUUAUCAUACGAACCAAUUUAAAAAAGAAGCAAACGAAGAAAAUACUUUUCCUGAAGAACCUAAUCGUGAAAUAAGUGCAUAUAAUAUAUAUUUAAAUUAUUAUUAUUUCAUGAAACGUUACAGUUGUUAUGGAACAAAAAAAACCUUAUAUGUCCAUUUAUUAAACUUAACAGGGCUUCUAAAUUAUGAUACAAGAGCGUAUGUCACAUCACUUUAUUUGCCAGGAUAUUAUAACACUGUCGAAAUGUCAUUUACUGAAGAGAAGGAGUUUUCCAAACUUUUUGAAAACUUAUUAAAAUGUAUUGAGAAAUGUCAUUUACACCAACCAAAUACAUUAUCAAAAGAUAGUAAUUUCCUUAACGAGGUAUCAAAAUGCAAUGUAUGCAAAGGAGCAUUUUUAUAUUCUAACAUGAAAUUUGAUGAAGUUCCUUCGAUGUUACAAAAAUUUUACGUAUAUCUAACUAAAGGGCUCAAAAUACAAAAAGUGUCAUCUCUAAUGAGAACGCUAGAUAUGUAUCAAGAGUACAGUAAUUUCUUAUCUCAUGAUAUUAAUUGGUACACAUUCCUAUUUUUAUUUCGACUUACCAGUUUCAAAGAUAUUUCAACCAAAAAUGUCGCUGAAGCAAUGUAUUUAAAUAUAAAAGAUGAAGAUUCAUUUAACAGAACCGUCGUAACAAACUAUUGGUUCCCUUCGCCUAUAAAAAAAUAUUAUACUUUAUAUGUUAGGAAACGUAUUCCAAACAAUUUAGUAGAUGAACUGGAAAAAUUAAUGAAAGUUGGAACAUUGGAAAAAAUGAAAAAAUCUCUCACAUUUUUGGUCCAUGUCAACUCGUUUUUACAACUAGAUUUUUUCCAUCAAUUGAAUGAACCACCUCUAGGAUUACCAAGAUCCUAUCCUUUAUCGUUAAUUCUCGAACAUAAAUUUAAAGAUUGGAUGAUUAGUUCGCCCGCAGGGUUUUAUUUUUCCAAUUAUCACAAUCCAUAUAUAAGAAAAGAUUUGCAUGAUAAAGUCUUGUCACAAAAAUUUGAACCUCCAAAAAUGAAUCAAUGGAACAAAGUUUUGAAAUCAUUGAUCGAGUGCGCCUACGAUAUGUAUUUUGAUCAGAGACAUGUGAAAAAUUUAUAUAAAUAUCAUAACAUUUAUAAUAUCAAUAAUAAAUUAAUGUUAAUGCGCGACUCCAUGGAAUUGUACAAAACCCAUUUUGACGACGUCUUAUUUUUUGCAGAUAUUUUCAAUAUGAGAAAAUAUAUGACUGCAACACCAACAUAUAAAAAGGUAAAAGACCGAGUGUACCAUACAUUACACAGCAUUAUGGGAAAUUCGGUCAAUUUUUACAAUUAUGGUAUAAUAUAUGGCUUUAAAGUAAAUAAAGUUAUAUUAAAAGAAGUGGUGGACGAAUUGUUUUCCAUAUAUAAUUUUAACACAGAUAUAUUUUCAGAUACAUCUUUUUUGCAAACAGUUUAUUUAUUAUUUAGAAGAAUAGAAGAAUCCUACAGGACACAACGAAGAAACGAUAAAAUGAGUGUGAAUAAUGUUUUUUUCAUGAAUGUUGCAAAUAAUUAUUCGAAAUUAAACAAAGAAGAACGAGAAGUGGAAAUACAUAAUUCGAUGGCAUCACGAUAUUAUGCAAAAACGAUGUUUGCAGCAUUUCAAAUGUUAUUUUCAACAAUGUUAAGUAAUAAUGUAGAUAAUCUUGAUAAAGCCUAUGGAUUAAGUGAAAAUAUCCAGGUAGCAACGAGCACAUCCGCUUUUCUCACAUUUGCAUAUGUAUAUAACGGAAGUAUUAUGGAUAGUAUGACCAACAGUUUGUUGCCACCAUAUGCGAAAAAACCCAUCACACAAUUAAAAUAUGGAAAAACUUUCGUUUUCUCCAACUAUUUCAUGCUAGCAUCGAAAAUGUACGAUAUGUUGAAUUAUAAAAAUUUAAGUCUUUUAUGUGAAUAUCAGGCUGUAGCAAGUGCCAAUUUUUACUCGUCAAAAAAAGUCGGUCAGUUUAUUGGAAGAAAAUUUUUACCGAUUACUACCUUAUUUUUAAUAAAAAGAAUUAAGGGAUCAAUAGAAUGGGCGCAAGGUAUUGAUUGUACAAAAAAGGGUAUUGUUACGCAUAACUGUAGUGGGCAAACAUCUGGCCCAGAUCCUUGUUCUCCACAAGAUCCUAAGCCUCGUAAUUUCUUCUUUACUGAUUUUCUUGCUGCUGAGGCAUCCCAAUAUUUAUUUUUUUACUUUUUCACAAAUUUAUACCUAGAUGCAGGCAAAUAUUUUCCUGGAGGGUUUGGUCCUGCAAUAAAGGAACAAACAAAACAUGUUACAGAACACACGUACGAACGCAAACCUUCCGUUCAUAGUUUUAAUAGAAAUUUUUUCAUGGAACUGACGAACGGGUUCAUGUACGCUUUUUGUUUUUUCGCUGUUUAUCCUUUAUAUGCAUAUUAUGAAAAUAUUCAUUUUUAUAUUACGAGCAAUUUCCGUUUCUUGGAUCGAUAUUAUAGUGUAUUCAAUAAAUAUUUAAUAAAUUUUGUAAGAACAAAACUUAAAGAAAUUACCAGUGACAUUUUAAUAAAAUACGAACGUGAAGCGUACUUAAAUAUGAAAAAGUAUGGGUAUCUAGGUGAAGUUAUUGCUUCAAGAUUGUCGCCCAAAGAUAAAAUCAUAAAUUAUUUGCACACAUCAAACGAGGAGACCAUGAAUAAUUUGAGACGAUAUGAUAUGGAACAUGCGUUCAAGAACAAAAUGGCUACUUAUGUGGACGAUUUUGCUUAUUUUGACGAUUGUGGCAAAAACGAACAGUUUUUAAACGACAGAUGUGAUUACUGCCCUGUGGUUGAAGAGGUGGAGGAAACACAACUACAACCACAAUUACUCUCAGACACUGAUGAGACCACUAACAUGUCAAAACCAACUAAUACGUAUAUAGAUAUCGAAAAAAUUAACGAAUCGGAAUCGGUAGAUAGUGACGACGAUGAAAACGAAUUUGACAAUCCCGAUGAUGAAUUAAUGGUCGCACGAUUUCACUAA